AUGACGAUUCCCGUCUCAUCUCGGCGACCGGCGAUCGACAUGAUCGGAGCACUGACAUUGUUUCAGACGAUCCUGGCGACGGCGGCGGCGCUAGCUGCAGGCCGGAUAUCCCUGCCUGGUUGCCCGGAGAGCUGCGGCGACGUGCAGGUGCCGUACCCGUUCGGGAUCGGCCAAGGCUGCUUCUUCCACGAACACAAAGCAGCUGGCUUCAACCUCAUCUGCAACGAGACGCUGCAUCCGCCAAAGCUGUUCUUAGCCGCCGCCGGCGCGGAGGUGCUGGGCAUCUCCUUGCCGGACGGCACGGUGCGCGUCGGCGGCGACGUCCGACGGUGGCCGGGCUUCGUGUACGACAACACGUGGUACGCGCCGUACGCCGCGGGCUCCUUCCGAGUGUCGAGCGCGCGCAACUCCUUCGUGGCCUUCGGCUGCAACGUGGUGGCGCAGCUCAUCCCCGCCGCCGCCGGCGCCGCCGACACUCUCACGGACGACGGCGGCGCCGCCAGCAUCUGCGCCGCCGUGUGCGCGCAGCAGACGCGCAACGGCUCGUCGUCUUGCUCGGGGGUCGGGUGCUGCCGCACGUCCGUCGUUCCGCUCGCGUGGGGCGCCGCCACGUACGGCCGUCUCCACGUUAACCACCUGCUCGGCGAACAGAACUCCGGCCCUUACAUUGGAACGAACAAAACCAUGUUCAUCGUUGAUCAGGAGUGGUUCAGCAGAAACGAGCGCGAGGUGGUGAGAGAGUUCAGCCAGCCCGACCCCCAGGUCCGCAGCGUUCCGGUGGUCUUCGAGUGGUCGCUGAAUGUGACCGCCGGCGACGGGACGAAGGGAUGCCUGAGCGCAAACAGCUUCUCGUAUUCUGUCGACGGGAGUGACGACCGGAGGCGAUGCAACUGCUCCCAAGGGUACGAGGGCAAUCCCUACCUCAGCGAUGGAUGUCAAGAUAUCGACGAGUGCCAACAGCCAGAUCGGUACCCAUGCAAUGGAACCUGUACCAAUUUGCCGGGGACACACCGAUGUUCACCAAAGAAAAGCAGCAGGAACCUAACAGCCUUAAUUACAAUAAUAGCACUCAGUGCUGGUUUUGGCCUACUGUUUUCACUCCUUGGUGUUGCUAAAAUCACCAAUAAAAUCAAGCAACGAAGAGCCAAGAAGCUGAGACAAAAGUUUUUCAAGAGAAAUCAUGGGUUGCUUCUGCAACAAUUAAUCUCAUCAAACAAAGAUAUAGCUGAAAGGAUGAAGAUUUUCAGUUUAGAAGAACUAGAGCAAGCAACCAACAAAUUUGAUCGGAACCGUAUUCUAGGAGGUGGAGGCCAUGGCACAGUCUACAAAGGCAUAUUAUAUGACCAACGUGUUGUUGCCAUCAAAAAGUCUAAAAUUGUGGUUCAAAGGGAAAUCGAUCAGUUCAUAAAUGAGGUUGUCAUACUUUCACAGACUAGACAUAGAAAUGUGGUGAAACUUUUUGGUUGUUGUCUCGAGACCGAAGUUCCAUUACUAGUCUAUGAGUUCAUAUCGAAUGGCACCCUAUCAUAUCAUCUUCAUAGACAGAUCGAAAACCCUCUGUCAUGGAAAGACAGAUCGAGGAUUGCACUUGAAACUGCAAGGGCCAUUGCAUAUCUACACUCUGCUGCUUCUAUAUCUGUGUUUCAUAGAGAUAUCAAAUCUGAAAAUAUACUACUCACUGAUAACUUAACUGCCAAAGUAUCAGAUUUUGGAGCUUCAAGAUCAAUCUCAGUAGAUGAUACAGGAAUACUUACAGGCAUCCAAGGAACUCACGGUUACCUUGAUCCUGAAUACUACUACACCAGUCGGCUCACAGAGAAGAGCGAUGUUUACAGCUUUGGUGUUAUUUUAGCAGAGCUUAUUACAAGGAUUAAACCGGUCUUCUCUUAUCAUUCAUCAGAAGUAACAAGCUUAGCAUCACACUUUGUGUCAAUGAGAAGAAAUAAUCGCUUGUUGGACGUUCUAGAUCCACAAAUUGUUGAAGAAGGAGGUGCUGAAGACGCCGAAGUGAUUGCAAAGCUCGCAGAAGCAUGCUUAGGCUUAAAAGGCGAAGAAAGGCCUACAAUGAGGCAAGUGGAGACAAAACUUGAAGAUGUGCAAGGCUCAAAGGUCCAUCCCAAUUCUCAGACAACAAGAAUAAGUCAAAAUGCUCAAAAAGAUGAGUCGGCUAGCAGGAACAAAAGCGGUGAAGGAACUAGACAGUACAGUUUAGAGAAAGAGUUCAUACAGUCAUCUGAAAUUCCAAGAUGACAACACUUGCAAAAGCUCAAAGCUCCAUAUCAGUUUCAGUAUCACCAGAGUGAGUGAAAAUGUUUUCUUUAUGGCCAGAGUGAGUGGAAACGUUAAAAAAGGACUAGGCACACAGCAGAAGCAAAGGUGGUGAAGCAACUAGACAAUACAUGAUGGCGAAGUAGUUCUGGGAAGGGGCAAUUUCGUUUGUCCCUGUUUCGAUCUGCAAUACUGAUUUUAUCUCUCGUUUUUAGGGUAUUCAUUUUGAACCCUAUUUUUUUAAACUCAAUGUACAAUCUGUUCCUCUUUUGGAUAGGAGUACUAACGGUGUUAAGUUAUUCAUAUAAAUGUCAUUUUAUCCUUUCUUGCAAGGGCAACUCUCCGGUACA